AUGUCCAAAGUGAGCAAGGCCACGGCCGCGAAGACGCGGCUCCUGGGGGAGAUGAAGACCUUGCGACAGGAGAAGUGGAUUCAUUUUGACGAUAACGAAGACAUUAACAUCAUGAAAUGGAGGUUCGCCCUCAUGGUGAUCAACUCCGACUCGGUUUUCAACGGCGCCUACCUCCAGGCCGAGAUGUCGUUUAGCGAAGAUUACCCUUACUCCCCGCCCAAGUUCCGUUUCCUGAACCCGAUCACCCACCCCAACGUGUACCCCGACGGCCAGCUCUGCAUCUCGAUCUUGCACACGCCCGGGGAGGAUGUCAUGUCUGGCGAGUCGGCGUCGGAGCGGUGGACACCGUUACAUGGUGUGGAGAGUGUGUUGAGAUCGGUGUUGCUGCUGCUGGACGAUCCCGAGAUUGGCUCCCCCGCUAAUGUCGACGCGGGAGUCAUGUAUCGGGAUCGGAGGGAGGAGUAUAACAGGAAGGCGAAGGAGACGGUGGAGUACUCCAAGACAAAGGUGCCCGAGGGGUUUGAGAUGCCGAGGAGCUUUGAGAGUGCGCCGCCGCCGAAGAUGGAGAAUGAUGACGGUUUUUGGCAAGAAAGCGAUGAGGAUUUUGACUUUGGAGGGAGUGAUACCGGCGACGAGGAGAUGGAAGAUUUUGAGGGUGAUGAGGAUGAUGAAGAGGGGGAUGGGGAAGAGGAGGGCAGUGAUGAUGAUGGUAGUGAGGAUGAGGUUGCUUCUGGCGCGGGGACCAAGAAGCGGUGA